GCAAAUGUACAGCAGAAGCUUCAAGGACUCUGUGCACAGAAUACACAGUAAAAUGGAGGUUUGAUAAAGAAAAACAAGAAUGUGUUCGUCUGUGGUGGGGCGGCUGUGCAGACAAUGGGAAUAUCUUUGAAUCACAAGCCAACUGUGAGGAUGUCUGCAUGAACACCUUGGUCAUCACAAAUCCUGACAAUUUUGUCAACAUUUGUGACAUGCCAGCUGACACUGGUCCCUGCAGAGGAAGUAUUCUGCGAUAUUAUUACGACUCAAGAGACAGAACGUGUCACAAGUUUUACUACGGAGGAUGCCAAGGAAAUGAGAACAAUUUUGUGGAAAUUGAAGACUGCCAAAAGGAAUGUAUGCAAGGUGUUGAAACAUCACAUUCCAGCACAACUACUGCCAUACAUAAACAAGAAACUUCAACAUUGCCAACAGCUGUUUGUUUAAUGCCAGCUGCUCCUGGACCAUGUUCUGCUGGUAUAAAACGAUGGUUCUAUGAUCACCAGUCAGGAACUUGCUCACAGUUUCAGUAUGGUGGCUGUGAGGGAAAUAGAAACAAUUUUGAAACUUUGGAAGAAUGCAAUGAUUUCUGUAAUGAUAAAGAAGUAUGUCUCCAGUCAAGAGAAAUUGGUCCAUGCCGUGCAGCAUUUCCCCGAUUUUUCUUUGACACUCAAACUAGGUCUUGCCUGAACUUUACAUAUGGUGGAUGCCAGGGUAAUUUAAACAACUUUGCAACAAAGGAAGCGUGUGACAAGAAAUGUUAUCAUCACAAACAUACUGGCAGUGAGACUGAUGGAAACUGUAGAGGAUAUAACAUCAUGUGGUACUACAGUGCUGACAGGAACUUGUGUUCACGCUUUGUGUACACAGGCUGUGGUGGAAAUGGCAACCAGUUUAACAGUGAACAGGAAUGCAAUGAUGAAUGUCUGAUGACAGAAGAAACAGAUGACAGUGACAAUUUGAAACAAACCUCUCCACUUGUAGAGACCACAGCAUCAACUAGGGCAAGGGGAGAUCACCAACUGGUUCUUGUGAAGCUGGGAGCUAGUGCUGAACUGACGUGUACAUUGAGGAAUUAUGGAGUACUUUGGGAUCAUAAUGGAUUUCGCCUGGCAUCAAAUUCACAUUUGGAAGUGUACAACAAUGGAACUCUGGUUCUUCUUGGUGUCACAGAAGACAUGUCCGGAACCUACUCUUGUAGAAUUUAUGAUGGACAUAGUACACCUCAUUCUGAGAAGUUCAGGGUUGAAGUUUACGGUAUGUUAUCAGAAUUGGUGUUUUCUUUUAUUCACUUCCUAUUUUACUGCUCGGGGUAUGUCCCACCCAAGAUUCUCCAUGGGCCAGUUCUGAUCAGUGUCAAACCAGGACACAAUGCAGUUGUUCAUUGCCAAGUUGAAGGCAGCCCUCA